AUGAGUCGUCCGUACUGGGUGUUCGGGUACGGAUCAUUGAUCUGGAAGCCACCACCGCACGCGAUUGAGCAGAAAAGUGGCUAUGUCAAAGGGGUUGUGAGGCGGUUCGCUCAGUCCUCAAUAGAUCACAGAGGGACACCCGAGGCUCCUGGUCGAGUGGUCACGGUCAUUCAAGCUGCAGAUUGGCACACGCUAGCAGGAACAAGUUCAGAUGUCCAGGAUGAGGAUUUUGUUUGGGGAGUAGCAUACAGAAUAGACCCAGAGAAAGAAGUGGAAGUCAGAGCAUACUUAGAGCAUAGAGAACAGAACGGAUACACACCUCACGAUGUCAAGGUCUAUUCUGUGACAGACGACAGAGAGACUGUCGUGGUCGAUCAAGCGGUCAUUUGGAUCGGUCAAUUAUCGAAUCCCGCUUUUGUCGGCUAUGAAGAUCCUCAGACCGUCGCGUCUAUGAUAGCUCGACGAUCUGGUCCUUCCGGUCCCAAUAAGGAAUACCUCUUCAAUCUCGCCCACGCAGUCAGGGAGCUCUACCCUCACGUCAAGGACGACUAUUUGUUUGACCUCGAGGCUCGCGUCAGAGCUCUCGAGCCUCGUUGA